AUGUUGGUAAAAUCAGAUAAACAUGUCCCGUCAUUCAACAGCCUCCCCGUCGAACUCCUUUUGCAAAUAUGGGAGAUGGCUAUCGAGCUUCCAAGGGUGUUGCGAAUCAUGCUCACCACUGACUCCGAGUUAGCAAGACCUACUCCAGCUCUCAUCCGGUCAACGGCCACGGCUCGCGCUGCUGUCUCUGUUGACCGGUUACAUCGAUACAUCAUCUUACGCUAUCUCUUGCCAAAUACGAUUCCCGUGGUCAACAAGGCCUGGAUUCCGUCCGGCGUCGCGAGAUACAACGCUGCGAAAGAAAUCAUCUACAUUAAUUGGCCACUAAUUGCUACAUUUGCUUCUGAUCUCAUGGUGAAGCGGUCGGUCGAGAAUUGGAGGAUACGUGAUCGGAGCGAAGACGAGACGGCACAGAGAAUCGGCAGCACUUGGAUGCAACACGUUCAAAAGCUGGCCCUAGACCCAGAAAUCGAACUGCGAAGUGUAAUAAGAAGAAUGCUUAGGGCGCAAUGCAUAAUCCAUUGUGAGUUCCAUGUGUUGAAGCAAUUGUACAUCGUCUGCCCGACCUUUACGGUGCCGGAUUUAGACGCUCGGGACGCGGAAGAGGAGAGUCGACCAGGGUCCACGCCACAAGACACACCUCAGAACACGCCUCAAGAGAUGACGCUGGAAAUGUUUAUGGAGAUGAAAAGCAAACCUCCAGCUCCCGAGCAAAACGACGACGCAUGGCUACACAAUGGCACUUACACUGGGGUAUACAAGGGCGACACAUAUCUCUCGGGCAAGCAGGCGCUUGAGUGGUUGGGACCGAAGCGAAGCAAGACGGCCUUGAUCCGGAAAGUUGAAAACUAUAACAGGCAGAAGGCGGAGAUGUCAAAGAAGAGGGGGUCAGCGGCUGACCCCGCGGCUGAGAUGAAGGCGGGUAAUUUAGGAUACGAGUACGUGGGAAACCACACACACUCUUUGGAUACAGUACUCGACCAGGCAGUACACGCGACUCCUGUGCUGGCCCAAUCACAUGGGCGUCUCUUACCAACCAUGUCGCCACCAGCAACGGGCGAAACUCUGGGGGGAAGCAAGCUUGACAAGGUUGCAAGGCAAUUCAGGCAAAUGGCCUGGACUCGGCCUAGUGUCGAUGCUCAGCCAAUGUGA